UCGAUUGAGUUCUAGCGGCUUCUAGAGUAUCGUGGUGUUUGUAAUUAAAAAAAAACUUCGAUUUGAACCUGUAAAAAUUAUUCUCUUUCCCAGCUCUGGUGCGUAGCUUAACCACCCUGCGCACCCAUCGUGUAUCCAAGUCCAUCUCAUUCAAUCAAUCGAACCCCCACAACUCACUCCAAUUACAUACAUACAUUCAAUCAAACUCCUCUUCUCUGUCUCUCCAAGUUUCUCUCUACGAUUCAAAAACCCCAAAGGAGUGAUCCUUCCAUCAUGGCGGACGAGGCCGCAGCAUCGCAUCCGCCGUCUUCGUCGUCGGCGGCACCUUUGGGAACCUCCGUGAUCCCUAUAGUGAACAAGCUUCAGGAUAUCUUCGCUCAGCUUGGGAGCCAAUCCAGCAUCCAGCUCCCCCAGGUCGCUGUCGUCGGAAGCCAAAGUAGCGGAAAGUCGAGCGUUCUUGAGGCUCUUGUUGGCCGGGACUUUCUUCCCAGGGGCUCUGAUAUCUGUACGCGCCGACCUCUCGUUCUUCAGCUUCUCCAGACCAAGAAGAACGCUGAUGGAACCGAUGACGAGUAUGGGGAGUUCCUCCACUUGCCUGGGAAGCGUUUUCACGAUUUCUCCGAAAUUCGGAGGGAAAUUCAGGCUGAGACGGAUAGAGAAGCAGGAGGAAACAAAGGUGUAUCAGACAAACAGAUUCGCUUGAAGAUAUUUUCGCCAAAUGUUCUUGAUAUCACCCUGGUGGAUCUGCCUGGUAUAACGAAGGUUCCUGUUGGUGACCAGCCAACUGACAUUGAAGCACGAAUCAGAACAAUGAUUAUGUCUUAUAUCAAAAUUGAUACCUGUUUAAUUUUGGCUGUUACACCUGCAAAUUCUGAUUUGGCAAAUUCAGAUGCUCUUCAGGUUGCUGGAAUCGCUGAUCCUGAUGGUUUGAGAACCAUAGGUGUAAUCACAAAGUUGGACAUCAUGGACAGAGGUACUGAUGCCCGGAAUCUGUUGCUUGGAAAAGUGAUUCCCCUAAAACUUGGUUAUGUAGGGGUUGUGAAUCGUAGUCAGGAGGUAAUCUUUAUCUUCAUUGGAAAUUGCAAGUUGGAACAAAAAAGAGAUUGGAGUAUUAAGGAUGCACUUGUUGCUGAAGAAAAGUUUUUCCGCAGCCGUCCUGUAUAUAAUGGUCUAACUGAUCGUUGUGGUGUCCCUCAAUUGGCAAAGAAGUUGAACCAGAUUCUAGUGCAACAUAUUAAGAAAGUACUCCCUGAACUCAAGUCACGCAUCAGCUCUGCUUUGGUUGCAGUUGCCAAAGAGCAUGCUAGUUAUGGAGAAAUCACAGAAUCAAAAGCUGGUCAGGGAGCUCUUCUCCUGAACAUUCUUUCGAAGUAUUCUGAAGCAUUUUCUUCAAUGGUGGAAGGGAAAAAUGAGGAAAUGUCAACAUCUGAGCUGUCAGGUGGAGCAAGAAUUCACUAUAUAUUUCAGUCAAUAUUUGUUAAAAGUUUAGAGGAGGUGGAUCCAUGUGAGGACUUGACUGAUGAUGACAUUCGAACUGCCAUUCAGAAUGCAACUGGCCCUAAAUCUGCAUUGUUUGUACCAGAAGUGCCUUUUGAAGUACUUAUUAGGAGGCAAAUCGCUCGUUUGUUAGAUCCAAGUCUUCAGUGUGCCAGGUUCAUAUAUGAUGAGUUGAUGAAGAUUAGUCAUCGUUGCUUAGUAAAUGAGUUGCAACGAUUCCCUAUUUUGAGAAAGCACAUGGAUGAAGUCAUAGGAAACUUCUUGCGAGAAGGCUUAGAGCCUUCGGAGACAAUGAUUGGACACAUAAUUGAGAUGGAGAUGGACUACAUAAAUACUUCACAUCCAAACUUUAUUGGUGGGAGUAAGGCUGUUGAGGUUGCCUUGCAACAGGUCAAGUCCUCUCGGGUAACACUGCCUAUUGGUAGGCCGAAGGAUGGUGUGGAACCUGAUAAGGCACCGACAUCUGAAAGAAGUCUGAAAUCUCGAGCAAUUCUUGCCAGACAAGCGAAUGGGAUUGUGUCUGAACAGCAGGGUGUUCGACCAGCACCUGAUAGUGAAAAAGUUGCAGCCGGAAACGCUAGCAGUUCAACUUGGGGUAUUUCAUCUAUUUUUGGUGGAGGUGAAAGCCGCAGUGCACCUGUUAGAGAGAGCACAACAAACAAACCAUUCAAUGAGCCUAUUCACAACAUGGAGCAAGCCUUAUCAAUGAUCCACCUAAGAGAGCCCCCAACUGUCUUGAGGCCUUCAGAAACCCAUUCAGAGCAGGAGUCUAUUGAAAUUGCAGUCACCAAACUGUUGUUGAGAUCGUACUAUGACAUCGUUAGGAAGAAUAUUGAAGACUUUGUACCUAAAGCAAUCAUGCAUUUCCUGGUAAACCAUACAAAGCGCGAGCUGCACAAUGUCUUCAUUAGGAAGCUUUACAGAGAGAAUCUGUUAGAAGAGAUGUUGCGAGAACCUGACGAAGUAGCAUCAAAGAGAAAGCGCACCAGGGAUACACUCCGGGCUCUUCAACAAGCAUUUCGGACAUUGGAUGAGUUGCCUUUGGAAGCCGAAACAGUUGAGAAGGGUUACAGCUUGGGAGGUGGUGAUACAACAGGGUUACCAAGGAGUGGACUGCCUAUAUCAUCAAUGUAUACUACUAGCAGUUCUAAUGAUUCUUAUACAGCAUCUCCUAAAAACACAAAGUCCAGAAAAUCAUCACACUCUGGGGAGCUUCACUCACCCUUUUAUGGUGUUGCAGAUUCUAAUGGCAGUGGACGCCUUCCCAUGCCAGGUCUCUAUCCAACUGUUGAUCCAUGAUUGUUUAGUUGGAACUAGAAGCUCACGUGGAAAUCAUUACACAUUACAUUUAUUCAAUUGCUCUUUGCAGCUUAGAAGGCAAUUGGGAUCCCGCCAUUCCCAGUGUUUUCUUGGGGUAUUCAAAUUUUCUUCCAACUGGAUUUGUGCGACCCAGAUAUUUGGGUUGUUUGUCUUUCUAUCCUUUCCUUUUGCGGUUUUUUUUCAUAUAAUAUAGGCUGAUAUAUUUUUUUUCACUAGGCUCCGAGAAGAAUAACAGGGAGCAGAUAAUUCCCCCCUCCCCAGUUUUCUUUACCUCUUCCAAUUGGUCACCUUGAAACAGUUUUUCAGAUAUAAUGUUUUUGACAUUUUUUUUUCCGGCCUCGCCUCGAUUGUCCUGUGCUCUCCAUGGUGUUUGUGUUUUGCCAUAAUGCAGACUGCAAAAUAGUGUAAUUUUAUUGAUUAUAUUCAGCAUUGAAAGUGUCAUCUCUAAAAUACACAAGUAUCAUCACAAGGAACUAUAAAGGUUGAUAAAGCAAUGACGAUGGCCAUAGUGGUAGUGAGUUUGUUGUUUUGUUUCUUUCUGAAAGGUCCCUAGUCUCUCCGAAUUUGGGUGUUCAAUUUUUGAUGAAUUUUAUAACUAGUUCAUUUAACAAUUUCGGUUAUCAACA